AUAUCCAGGGGCCUCUACAGAAUCCUGGCAUCAGUUACUAUGUUGACUCACUCAGUGUUGGGAUCACUCACUUUCCCCUUACAGGACUCAGAUCUUGGAGGCAAUUAGCUUCAGAGAAUACGAAUAGGGAAAAAAAAAAAAAAAACAAAACCUGAAGUCUUAUUUUUUAAAGGCUGCCGAAGUUGAUUGGUUUCUCAUCAUUCCUAAACCUACUGAAGCAAUAAAGUUGAAAGAAAAUUUACCAAGAUUUUGAUCGCUGCCUUGAUAUAUACUUUUCUUUUUUCCAAAUGCUUUGGUGGGAAGAAGUAGAGGACUGUUAUGAAAGAGAAGAUGUUCAAAAGAAAACAUUCACAAAAUGGAUAAAUGCACAAUUUUCUAAGUUCGGGAAGCAGCACAUAGAAAACCUCUUCAGUGACCUACAGGAUGGGAGACGCCUCCUAGACCUUCUUGAAGGCCUGACAGGGCAAAAACUGCCAAAAGAAAAAGGAUCCACAAGAGUUCAUGCCCUGAACAAUGUUAACAAGGCACUGCAGGUCUUGCAGAAAAAUAAUGUUGAUUUAGUGAAUAUCGGAAGCUCUGACAUAGUAGAUGGAAAUCAUAAAUUGACUCUUGGCUUGAUUUGGAAUAUAAUCCUCCAUUGGCAGGUCAAAAAUGUAAUGAAAAAUAUCAUGGCUGGAUUGCAACAAACCAACAGUGAGAAGAUACUCCUGAGCUGGGUCCGACAAUCAACUCGUAAUUAUCCACAGGUUAAUGUCAUUAACUUCACCACCAGCUGGUCUGAUGGUUUGGCUUUGAAUGCGCUCAUCCACAGUCAUAGGCCAGACCUGUUUGAUUGGAAUAGUGUGGUUGGCCAGCAGUCAGUCACACAACGACUGGAACAUGCAUUCAACAUUGCCAAGUAUCAGUUAGGCAUAGAGAAACUACUGGAUCCUGAAGAUGUUGCCACCACUUAUCCAGAUAAGAAGUCCAUCUUAAUGUACGUCACAUCUCUCUUCCAAGUUUUGCCUCAACAAGUGAGCCUCGAAGCCAUCCAGGAGGUGGAAAUGUUGCCAAGGCCAUCAAAAGUUACGAGAGAAGAACAUUUUCAACUGCAUCAUCAAAUGCACUACUCUCAACAGAUCACUGUCAGUCUAGCACAGGGCUAUGAGCGAACUCCUUCCUCUCCUCAGCCUCGCUUCAAGAGCUAUGCCUACACACAGGCUGCUUAUGUCUCCACCUCUGACCCCACACGGAGCCCAUUUCCUUCACAGCGUUUGGAAGCUCCUGAAGACAAGUCAUUUGGCAGUCCAUUGGUGGAGACUGAAGUAAACCUGGAUAGUUACCAGACAGCUUUAGAAGAAGUACUCUCAUGGCUCCUUUCAGCCGAAGACACAUUGCAAGCACAAGGAGAGAUUUCUAAUGAUGUAGAAGAAGUGAAAGAACAAUUUCAUACUCACGAGGGAUACAUGAUGGAUUUGACAUCCCAUCAGGGACGGGUUGGCAAUGUUCUCCAAUUGGGGAGUCAGCUGAUUGGGUCAGGGAAAUUAUCAGAAGAUGAAGAAACUGAAGUGCAAGAACAAAUGAAUCUUCUAAAUUCAAGAUGGGAAUGCCUCAGGGUAGCUAGCAUGGAAAAACAAAGCAAUUUACAUAAAGUUCUCAUGGAUCUCCAGAAUCAGCAACUGAAAGAGUUAAAUUCCUGGUUAACAAAAACAGAAGAGAGAACAAGGAAAAUGGAAAAAGAGCCCCUUGGACCUGAUCUUGAGGACUUAAAACGCCAAGUACAGCAACAUAAGGUGCUUCAAGAAGACCUAGAACAGGAACAAGUCAGAGUCAAUUCUCUCACGCACAUGGUGGUGGUUGUUGAUGAAUCUAGUGGUGAUCAUGCAACUGCUGCUUUGGAAGAACAACUUAAGGUACUGGGAGAUCGGUGGGCAAACAUCUGUAGGUGGACUGAAGAUCGCUGGGUUCUUUUACAAGAUGUUCUUCUCAAAUGGCAACGUUUUACUGAAGAGCAGUGCCUUUUUAGUACAUGGCUUUCAGAUAAAGAAGAUGCAGUGAACAAGAUUCCCACAACUGGCUUUAAGGAUCAAAGUGAAAUGUUAUCAAGUCUUCAAAAACUGGCCGUUUUAAAAACUGAUCUAGAAAAGAAAAAGCAAACCAUGGACAAACUCUGUUCACUCAACCAAGAUCUCCUUUCAACACUGAAAAAUACAUUGGUUGCCCAAAAGAUGGAAGCAUGGUUGGACAACUUUGCCCAGCGCUGGGAUAAUUUAGUCCAAAAACUUGAAAAGAGUUCAGCACAGAUUUCACAGGCUGUCACCACCGCUCAGCCAUCACUAACACAGACAACUGUAAUGGAAACGGUAACUAUGGUGACCACGAGGGAGCAAAUCCUGGUAAAACAUGCCCAAGAGGAACUCCCCCCACCACCUCCCCAAAAGAAGAGGCAGAUUAUUGUGGAUUCGGAAAUUAAGAAAAGGUUGGAUGUCGAUAUAACUGAACUUCACAGUUGGAUUACUCGUUCAGAAGCCGUGUUGCAGAGUCCUGAAUUUGCAGUCUAUCGGAAGGAAGGCAACUUCUCAGACCUUAAAGAAAAAGUCAAUGCCAUAGAGCGAGAAAAAGCCGAGAAGUUCAGAAAACUGCAAGAUGCCAGCAGAUCAGCUCAGGCCCUGGUGGAACAGAUGGUGAAUGAGGGUGUUAAUGCUGACAGUAUCAAACAAGCCUCAGAACAACUGAACAGCCGGUGGAUCGAGUUCUGCCAAUUGCUAAGUGAGAGACUUCACUGGCUGGAGUAUCAGAACAACAUCAUCGCUUUCUAUAAUCAGCUACAACAAUUGGAGCAGAUGACAACUACUGCAGAAAACUGGUUGAAAACCCAACCUACUACCCCCUCAGAGCCAACAGCAGUUAAAAACCAGUUAAAAAAUUGCAAGGAUGAAGUCAACCGGCUGUCAGCUCUUCAGCCUCAAAUCGAGAGAUUAAAAAUUCAAAGCAUAGCCCUGAAAGAGAAAGGACAAGGGCCAAUGUUCCUGGAUGCAGACUUUGUGGCCUUUACAAAUCAUUUUAACCAAGUCUUUGCUGAUAUGCAGGCCAGAGAGAAAGAGCUACAGACAAUUUUGGACACUUUACCCACCGUGCGGUAUCAGGAGACCAUGAGUACCAUCCUCACGUGGAUCCAACAGUCAGAAACCAAACUCUCUAUACCUCAGGUUACUGUCACUGAAUACGAGAUCAUGCAGCAGAGACUUGGGGAGUUACAGGCUUUACAAAGCUCUCUGCAAGAGCACCAAAAUGACUUAAACUAUCUCAGCACCACUGUGAAAGAGAUGUCAAGGAAAGCACCCUCUCAUAUAAGCCAGAGAUAUCAAUCAGAAUUUGAAGACAUUGAGGGUCGAUGGAAGAAACUCUCUGCCCAGCUGACUGAACGUUGCCAAAAGCUAGAGGAGCAAAUGGCCAAACUCCGAAAACUUCAGAAUCACAUAAAAACCUUGACGAAGUGGAUGGCUGAAGUUGAUGUUUUCUUGAAAGAGGAAUGGCCUGCCCUUGGAGAUUCAGAAAUUCUUAAAAAACAGCUGAAGCAGUGCAGGCUUUUAGUCAGUGAUAUUCAGACAAUCCAGCCCAGUCUAAACAGUGUCAAUGAAGGUGGACAGAAAAUAAAAACUGAAGCAGAGCCAGAGUUUGCUUCUAGACUGGAGACAGAGCUCAGAGAACUUAACACUCAAUGGGAUUACAUAUGUCGACAGGUCUAUGCCAGAAAGGAGGCCUUAAAGGGAGGCUUGGAUAAAACUCUAAGCCUUCAGAAAGAUUUGUCAGAGAUGCAUGAAUGGAUGACACAAGCCGAAGAAGAAUACCUGGAGAGAGAUUUUGAAUAUAAAACCCCAGAUGAAUUACAGACAGCAGUUGAAGAGAUGAAGGAAACGACAGCUAUUCAUUGUGUCUGGGAUCCCAACAUGCAGACAAAUGGAGCUGGUUGCCCCAGUGUGAAUUUCAGUACUCAGCCUUUCCGUGAGCUGAUAUCAGAGUUGUGGAUUUUUGCCCUUGGGCUGAAUAUAAAAGACAACCUGCAACAAAUCUCAGGUCGGGUUGAUAUCAUUCACAAUAAGAAGGCAGCAGCACUGCAAAGCGCCACAGCCCCGGAAAAGGCGAGGCUACAGGAAGCUCUCUCCAAGCUCGACUUCCAAUGGGAAAGAGUGAACAAAAUGUACAAGGACCGACAAGGGCAAUUUGACAGAUCUGUUGAAAAAUGGCGACGGUUUCAUUAUGAUAUGAAGAUAUUUAAUCAAUGGCUAACAGAAGCUGAACACUUUCUCAAAAAGACACAAAUUCCUGAGAACUGGGAACAUGCCAAAUAUAAAUGGUAUCUUAAGGAACUCCAGGAUGGCAUCGGGCAGCGGCAAACUGUUGUCAGAGUAUUGAAUGCAACUGGGGAAGAAAUAAUUCAGCAGUCCUCAAAAAUAGAUGCCAGUAUUCUACAAGAAAAAUUGGGAAGCCUGAAUCUGCGGUGGCAGGAGGUCUGCAAACAGCUGGCCGAGAGAAAAAAGAGGUUAGAAGAACAAAAGAAUAUCCUGUCAGAAUUUCAAAGAGAUUUGAAUGAAUUUGUUUUAUGGUUGGAAGAAGCAGAUAACAUUUCUAGUAUUCCGCUUGAACUUGGAAAUGAGCAGCAACUAAAAGAAAAGCUUGAGGAAGUCAAGUUACUGGCCGAAGAGUUGCCCCUGCGUCAGGGAAUUCUAAAACAAUUAAAUGAAACAGGAGGAACAGUGCUUGUAAGUGCUCCCAUAAGCCCAGAAGAGCAAGAUAAACUUGAAAAUAAGCUCAAGCAGACAAAUCUUCAGUGGAUAAAGGUUUCUAGGAUUUUACCUGAGAAACAAGGAGAAAUUGAGGCUCACAUAAAAGACCUUGGACAGCUUGAAGAGCAAUUAAAUCAUCUGCUUCUGUGGCUGUCUCCUAUUAGGAGUCAGUUGGAAAUUUACAACCAACCAAAUCAAACAGGACCAUUUGACAUUAAGGAAACUGAAGUAGCAGUUCAAGCUAAACAGCCGGAUGUGGAAGGGAUUUUGUCUAAAGGGCAGCAUUUGUACAAGGAAAAACCAGCCACUGAGCCAGUGAAGAGGAAGUUAGAAGAUCUGAGCUCGGAGUGGAAGGCGGUAACCCACUUACUUCAAGAGCUGAAGGCAAAGUGGCCUGUCCCAGCCCCUGGACUGACAGCAAUUGGAGCACCUCCUAGUCAGACUGUUGCUCUGGUGACACAACCUGUGGUUGCCAAGGAAACCGCUGUCUCCAAACUAGAAAUGCCAUCUUCCUUGCUGUUGGAGGUCCCUGCGCUGGCAGAUUUCAACCGGGCUUGGACAGAACUUACCGACUGGCUGUCUCUGCUUGAUCGAGUUCUGAAAGCACAGAGGGUGAUGGUGGGUGAUCUAGAAGACAUCAACGAGAUGAUCAUCAAGCAGAAGGCAACACUGCAGGACUUGGAGCAGAGGCGCCCCCAGUUGGAAGAACUCAUUACUGCUGCCCAGAAUUUGAAAAACAAGACCAGCAAUCAAGAGGCCAGGACCAUCAUUACUGAUCGAAUUGAAAGAAUUCAGAGUCAGUGGGAUGAAGUACAGGAACACCUUCAGAACCGGAGGCAGCAAUUAAAUGAAAUGUUAAAGGAUUCAACACAAUGGCUGGAAGCUAAGGAAGAAGCUGAGCAGGUCGUGGGGCAGGCCAGAGCCAAGCUUGAGACAUGGAAGGAGGGUCCCUACACAAUGGAUGCAAUCCAAAGGAAGAUCACAGAAACCAAGCAGUUGGCCAAAGACCUCCGCCAGUGGCAGAUAAAUGUAGAUGUGGCAAAUGACUUGGCACUGAAGCUUCUCCGGGAUUAUUCUGCAGAUGAUACCCGAAAAGUACACAUGAUAACAGAGAACAUCAAUGCCUCUUGGGCAAGCAUUCAUAAAAGAGUGAGUGAGCGAGAGACUGCUCUGGAAGAAACUCAUAGAUUACUGCAACAGUUCCCCCUGGACUUGGAGAAGUUUCUUGCCUGGCUUACAGAAGCUGAAACAACUGCCAAUGUCCUGCAGGAUGCCACCCAUAAGGAAAGGCUUCUAGAAGACUCCAAGGGAGUAAGAGAGCUGAUGAAGCAAUGGCAGGACCUCCAAGGAGAAAUCGAAGCUCACACAGAUAUCUAUCACAACCUAGAUGAAAAUGGCCAAAAAAUCCUGAGAUCCCUGGAAGGUUCUGAUGACGCGGUCCUGUUACAAAGACGUUUGGAUAACAUGAAUUUCAAGUGGAGUGAGCUGCGGAAAAAGUCUCUCAACAUCAGGUCCCAUUUGGAAGCCAGUUCUGACCAGUGGAAGCGUCUGCACCUUUCUCUUCAGGAACUUCUGGUGUGGCUACAGCUGAAAGACGAUGAGUUGAGCCGUCAGGCACCUAUUGGAGGCGAUUUCCCAGCAGUUCAGAAGCAGAAUGAUAUACACAGGGCCUUCAAGAGGGAAUUGAAAACGAAAGAACCUGUAAUCAUGAGUACUCUUGAGACUGUACGAAUAUUUCUGACAGAGCAGCCUUUGGAAGGACUAGAGAAACUCUACCAGGAGCCCAGAGGCACUUCGAGGAGAAAUUGCACCUCUCAAAGAGAAUGUAAGCCACGUCAAUGACCUUGCUCGCCAACUCACCACGUUGGGCAUUCAGCUGUCACCAUAUAAUCUCAGCACUCUGGAAGACCUGAACACUAGAUGGAAGUUUCUGCAGGUGGCUGUUGAGGACCGCAUCAGGCAGCUGCACGAAGCCCACAGGGACUUUGGCCCAGCGUCCCAGCACUUCCUUUCCACCACGAGACCCAAACAACUUGCUGGGACCAUCCUAAAAUGACAGAGCUCUACCAGUCUUUAGCUUUCUCCAUUUUUAGACCAGAACCAGCCCUGGAUAAAAUAAAUCAUGAAGAAGAGGAAUGUACAGUUCAGCAUGUUGAGUGCCCUGAAGUGCGCUUCCUACCAACUGCCAUGCAAACAUGGUCUUGGGUAGUCUCACGCUUCUCCACUUCUCGAGUUCUGGUUGUGAGAGCUAGUGAGCUCCUCACAGCUUGGGCCAGAGUCCUGGAAAGCCAGUUCCCGGGGAAAGUGGAGAGUCUGCAGCUGUACCGCAUCUUGAGGUUUCAGUGUGUGUCCUCCACAUUUUCACAAGGUGGCGGCGACCAGCUCGCCUACUUCACCUACACCCUACUCGCAGGACUAACCUCCCCACCUCCUUGCCCCACGGCCCAGCUAACUAUAGCUUACCAAACGGCUGAUGAGGAGUCUACCCCUCAAGUGGUUUCCGCGAUCAGUCGUUUCUGCGCAACGGUGGGGUUGGGUGCCCACGCGCAUGGGUUCUUAUCUGCGCAUGCGUGCGUGGUGCGUGCGCGCUUGUGCACGUGUGCGCUUGUGUGCGUGUGUGGCGUGCGCAUGCGUGCUUGUGUGGGCGUCCGCAUGCACGUGUGGGUGCCCGAGUGCGUGCAUGGUAGAUGGAACUACAACUGCAAGGUUUUCUGUUUCUUAUAUGAGUGCUGGCGCUUGGCCGGGCGCGGCAGCCUGGCUCAGUCCUCCGGACGCAGGCGCGCCAGCAGCUCCGGGCGCCGCGAGACUGCGAGGCACCGCCUCCUGCGUGCGUGUGCGUGCGCGCGCAUCCGCUCCGGUCUUCCAGGUGCUCCCAGCUCAGCUUCAGGCACCUUGGACUUCGGCCAGCGCUUCGCUAGCCUCGGCCGUGAACCUUCCGCGCUGUGGCUGCAGGACAGCGGGCAGGGCCACAGGGUCAGCUGCGCCUGGAGGAGGCAGAGCUCCGCCGGAGCCAGUGCCCUGCCAGUCUUCAGGGCCCGCGUUCGACCUCGCGGCGAGUGCGCGCCCAGCGCUGAUCCUCCGCGUCCUGAGGCGGCUCUCGGAGAUGAGCUACAAGGAUGCCAAGGUAGACUGAUCCGCUUGCCUUCGCUGGAGGCUGGAACUCCUGUGCAGGCCCAGGUUGGUGUGACAGCUGCCUGGCCCGUUGAUUCCAAUGAGCUGCAUAAGGAGCACUCCUUUCUCCCUGAGCUGCAACAUGAACAGUGUGAUAAGCACUUCUCUACCAAAAGUGCCAAAGUGCUUGAAAUCCAGGCCCUUUGGAAACUUCUCAGAGCGUCGUGGUCUCAUAACGUGAGACUGGUGAACACAGCUCACACAGACAAGGAUUUAAAGUCGAGUUUGAACUUCUCCCCCAUCAAGCCACGUCAGCAUCACCUGGGAGACGCCGUCGGCCCCGGCCAGAAGUCCCGGAUCUGUCGCCUGCUUUCUGAAAAUUAUGAUUACUCCAUUGUGUUUUAUGAAAGACCCAAUUACCACGUCAGCAUCACCUGGGAGACGCCGUCAGCCCCGCCCAGAAGUCCCGGAUGUGAAACCCUCGGGGCAGGACCACCAAGUCCAAGGAGGGAUGUUGGGGCAUUGAAUGAAAUGACCACUGGUUUGAGAAAAGCAAGAGUCGAAAGUACACAUUGGGACUCUGCCAUGAAUGGAGUAAAAGACCUGGGAGACACCAGCAGUCAUCAUCUCCCCUGUGUUGAGCCUGUUAGAUGUCUUACAUUUUCUCCCUCGUCUGAGGGAGGAAAUCUGUUUGUAGAUGGAGCAGCAACACUGGCCUUACUGCAAGAUAUGUCUAAUUGCUGGGUGUGCAAUGAGAUGCUGCUGUUGUCCUCCUCGGGACUUCUGUGGAAAAUUGACGUGGCAGAUAUGACGAUUCCUAAAAUUCACCCAGGAGACAGAGGCUGGUGUAACUGCAAAGCAGAGAAAAUGGAUCAGCCUGGAGGGCUGCUCCUAGUCGGAGAGGUCGAAUGGCAUCUUGCUGAUGACCUCCCCACUCUCGUCGACUAUGGUGUGGUAGACCCAGCGGCAGUUGCAGUGGCAAGUGGGCCCGCACUUGGUGGAGUUACACUCGGGGCACGGGUAGAAGCAACCCAGGCAGUCUUCAUCAAGGCAGUCACACAGGUCAGCCUGAUUGAAGUUCCAUCUCACUUGGUUUCUCAGGAGAACUUGGACGUGCAGGUCUCUCUCGCACGGAACUGCUUUUUUCUGCUUGGUCACUCAUUUCUGCUCACCUGGGGACACAAACAAAGUCAGCAACCAUUUGUGGGAGCUCAGUCAACCAUGAGGACGCUGGAGCUGGUCUUUGUGAGAGACUCACAUGAUGGUGAGGAAAUGGCCAAGAUGAAGCUAAAGGGGGUCAUGAGUGGGCAUUCCGCCACAGAGAUGUUGGGGGGAACAGCACGGGAUGUUUGGAAACUGAAUCUGCAGGCAGAAUAUGAUCGUCUCAAGGAGCAGCAUGAACAUAAAGGCCUGUCCCCACUGCCGUCCCCUCCUGAGAUGAUGCCCACCUCGCCACAAAGUCCCCGGGAUGCUGAGCUCAUUGCUGAGGCCAAGCUACUGCGUCAACACAAAGGCCGCCUGGAAGCCAGGAUGCAAAUCCUGGAAGACCACAAUAAACAGCUGGAGUCCCAGUUACACAGGCUCAGGCAGCUGCUGGAGCAACCCCAGGCCGAGGCCAAGGUGAAUGGCACAACGGUGUCCUCUCCUUCUACCUCUCUUCAGAGGUCAGACAGCAGCCAGCCUAUGCUGCUCCGGGUGGUUGGCAGUCAAACUUCAGAAUCCAUGGGCGAGGAAGACCUUCUCAGUCCUCCCCAGGACUCAAGCACAGGGUUAGAGGAAGUGAUGGAGCAACUCAACAACUCCUUCCCUAGUUCCAGAGGAAGAAAUACCCCUGGGAAGCCAAUGAGAGAGGACACAAUGUAGGAAGCCUUUUCCACUUGGCAGAUGAUUUGGGCAGAGCGAUGGAGUCCUUAGUUUCAGUUAUGACAGAUGAAGAAGGGGCAGAAUAAAUGUUUUACAACUCCUGAUUCCCGCAUGGUUUUUAUAAUAUUCAUACAACCAAGAGGAUUAGACAGUAAGAGUUUACAAGAAAAAAAAAAUCUAUAUUUUUGUGAAGGGUAGUGGUACUAUACUGUAGAUUUCAGUAGUUUCUAAGUCUGUUAUUGUUUUGUUAACAAUGGCAGGUUUUACACGUCUAUGCAAUUGUACAAAAAGUUAUAAGAAAACUACAUGUAAAAUCUUGAUAGCUAAAUAACUUGCCAUUUCUUUAUAUGGAACGCAUUUUGGGUUGUUUAAAAAUUUAUAACAGUUAUAAAGAAAGAUUGUAAACUAAUGUGUGCUUUAUAAAAAAAAAGUUGUUUAUAAAAACCCCUAAAAACAAACACAUACCUACACACACACACACACACGCACACACAAACACACAAACACAAACUGAGGCAGCGCAUUGUUUUGCAUCCUUUUAGCGUGAUAUCCAUAUGAAAUUCAUGGAUUUUUUUUUCUUUUCUUGCAUAUUAAAGAUAGGACUUCCUCUAAGACCACCAAAUGACUACUUCGCAUAGCUCUGUUUGGAAUUGUUGACUGAGUGGGACUGGCCAUGGGUUUUCGUUUUACACAUCUAUAUGUCUAUCAGUAUGUAAGCACUGUAGGUAUACAGGUAAAUAUAAAUUUCAAGAGACAUUUAAAAUUUCUUGUUCAAAUAUUCUUGCCACUUCCUAAUGGGAAGAAAUUGCUUCUCAUCACCCAGGCUCACCUGCUUGGUCUAGAAUGAAUCCUCCCUGGAGCCUGAAGCCAGAAGGAAACUACCACACUAAAACAUGGUCUAGGGUUCCAGAUGUUUCUCAUUUUGAACUUUCCAGUGACAACUAGAGUAUUGAAUUUUUUUAAGGGACAUAUGAAUGAAUACACAGGACUUAUUAUGUCAGAGUAAUCCACUAGUUGAUACAUUCAGCUUCCUGCUGCUGACAAUGCCAUGGUUUAGAGUUAGUGAUGCUUUGAUGAAAGAGCAUCUGAAGGCAUUUUUAACUCCCAGGAGGGCUGUAGAUUCCCUCAGAGAGAGCAGACCACUCUUUAUGUAAAGGAUUGGACGACUGUUUAUAACCUUACAGAGAGAGCUUUAUAAUUACAACGCAGUUAUUUUCUCACAGUCAAACAGCAGUGGGUGUCUCAGUUUUCCAGUUUUGUAAGAUUUUUUUCCCCAUUGCAAUGAGUUUGUAAAUGCCACAAGACUUAAUUUAAAAUAACCCUUGUGAAAAUGUGAAAGACAGUUGCCCCAUCACAUUAUGACACUGUUAAAUAUCCACCCAGACGCCCAAGACCCCUGUGUUCCAGUUCGGCAUUUUUCUCUGUAAGUAAGUCCAGGCAGGUUUGUUGAGUGGGAACGCAAAUGGAUUCAAAUGUUCCAAGAGGUACUCCAAACCCCUUUUUGGUGGAUUAGGCAGGUUAAAUAUAUAUAAGUGAACAGAAAUUGUUCGAAAAGAGGAGUACAGGCAAGAGGACUAACUGGUAGGAAAAAAAGCUUUACUCUUUCAUUCUGUCUUAUUAGUCUUUCACUCUUUUUUAUCAUCCAUUCAAUAGAAAUCACCCUGUGAUCUAUCAUUUUGCAAAUCUGUUACCUCUUACAUCAAGUGUAAUUAACUUUUGGAGAGUGGGUUUUGUUCCUUAUUUUACUAAUGAUAAUUAACAUCAAACAUGGCUUCUCAUGCUAUUUCUACCUCACUUUGGUUUUGGGGUGUUCCUAAUAAUUGUGCAACCUGAUUUCACAGCUUCACCACCUGUCCAUUGUGUGAACAUUUUCCUCCAUUUUCUUUUUCCUUUAUAAUUUCCAAAAGAAAACCCAAAGCUCUAAGGUAACAAAUGACAUGAAGAUUUGAUUUUAGUCUUGGCAUUUUUUUUCCUUAAUGUGACACUGGACUUUUUCUUUACCUGAGGUUUUGGGCUUUUUUUUUUUUUUUUUUAACCAUGAUUUAAAACAAGGGGUUACUUUAUUUCCUACUAAGAAGUUUAAGUUUCAUUCUAAAAUCAGAGGUAAAUAGAGUGCUUGAUUUUGUUUUAAUCUUUUUUGUUUUAUUUUAUCUUUUAGACAUUAGUUCUGGAGUGAGUCUCAAAAUAUUUGAAUAAAAACUGAGAGCUUUAUUGCUACAUUUUACACAUUAAUUUGGACAUUAUUUCAUGUUCCUUAUAACCACCAAGUAGUAAACUGUAAGUCAUAAUGUAACUGAAACAUAAACAUCACAUGGCAUGUUAUGUCAUUGUUUUCAGGUACUGGGUUCUUACUUGCGUAUCGUAAUAUAUUGUGUUUUAACACCAACACUGUAACAUUUACUAAUUAUUUUUUUAAAACUUCAGUUUUACUGCAUUUUCACAACAUAUCAGACUUCACCAAAUAUAUGCCUUACUAUUGUAUUAUAUUACUGCUUUACUGUGUAUUCUCAAUAAAGCACGCAGUUAUGUUACAAAAAA